AUGCAAUCCUUCCCCACCUCCGACAGGCCGAAGAUCUCCCUCCGUCACCCGAACAUGUUCGCCUUCAUGAGCACCUUCAUCACGAUCGCAGCCUCAGUUGCGCUUGCCCACCAUGAACAUGAUCAAGGCCGCUUCCGUUCGGCACCGAUCUUGAAACGUGGGAAUGAUGCUAGCAUGUCUCCGAUUGCCAAGCCUGGUCAAUGGUCCAAGUAUGGUACGUCCCACCAGCCGAUCGACUUCAAACCUCCCUCGCCCCGCAGUCGCGCUGACCACCGCCCAGUAUCGCCUCGUACGACGUAGACCAUCUCAUCACGGCUCAUGCUCUACUCGCAAUGAUCACGUUCUGGAUCGCUGUGCCCGCCGCGGCACUCGUCGCUCGUUUCGGUCGUGAUACGCCUGGGUGGAUCAAGUACCAUCGUAGGCUUCAGGUAGGUCAAGGGAGCAAGUCCGGGCGAGUCUCGGAGGUGGCGUUCAACACUGAGGGAUCAAGCCAGCUACGACUCGGGAUGCGGAUCGAUACUAAUCAACCUGAUAUUUUCACUGUUUGGUAGGGGUUCUGGACUGUUCCCGCCACGAUUGCGAUCUGUGAGUGCCGCCACUUGAAAGCGCAGCUAGCAAUUCGAGCCACAAUUCGCUGACGAAUCUUCGUUCCGAACGACUUUAGCUAUCCUCGGACUCACUGCGGCUGGUAUCAACGGUAGCAUCUUCAAGGCCGGCGAUGUACACCAUGUGAGAACUUGGGGACAAAGAGCUUCAGAGUACAAGUGGCUCGAGCUGACGCAACGCGCCACUGUCAUCUCGCUCUGCCUUCGUUCCGGGACCUCCUAGAUCGUCGGCAUCAUCCUCCUCUUCCUCGUCCUCGGUCAAGCGCUGGGCGGAUACAUAGCCGAGAAGGCGCCCAUCCGCCGCAGACCCGACGUCAACGCUCGCCCGGCGAUUCGCAUCCUCCACCCCAUCUCGGGUGUGGUCACCGCUCUCAUCUCGUGGGUGCAGAUUCGUCUCGGCGUGAACGAGAACGGCCACCACACCCGUCUGCUCGACGUGCUCAACAUCGUGUAGGUCCAGCACAAAACUAGCGAGAUCAUCCAGUUGGGGUAAGUUUGACUGAUCCCGUUCUUUUGCUUGCCGUCUUCAAAGCUUCGUUGGAGGAUUCUUGCUGGUCUACGCCUACGGCCUCGCCGCCCUUGUCGUCGAGCGUCAUGCCGCCGGUCGUUCAUGGUUCAACUCCAUCUUUGGUCUCGGACGUGCUUCGGCUUCCCGCCCACCUCAGAUCUGA